CACCCUCCACAGCUCACACCAUGGCCCGCUCCUGCUGCUCCUCUUGCUGCAAGCCUACCUGCUGCAAGACCAUCAGCUGGAAACCAGCCUCUAGGACCAGCUGUGGCAGCACAUCCUGCUGUCCACCUAGAAGCUAUGGGUCCAGCUCUUGUGGGAAAACCAGCAGUGGGUCCAGCUGCUGCCAGUCACGCUGUCCCCCAACUUGCUGUGAAACCACCUGCUGUAAGCCAGCCUGUGUGGUCAGCUGCUGCAGCACACCCUGCUGUGAGCCCAGCUGCUGUGAACCUUACUGCUGCAUCAUUCCCUGCUGCCAGCCCUGCUGCUGUGUGUUCACCUGCUGCCAGCCAAGCUGCUGCCAGCCAUGCUGCCCUCCUCCUUGCUCUCAAACCACCUGCUGUAAGACCACCUGCUCCAAAAAAACCCAUGUGACCCGCUGCUGCUGCAAACCCUGCUGCCAGCCCUGCUUCUGUGUGUGCAGCUGCUGCAAACCUUGCUGCUCAUGA